AUGCAUGAAAUGCUCACGCAAUUGAUUAAUGUCUCAACACAUCCGGACCUUAACAUUCCCGAGCAUUUGAAAGAAACAGAAUCUCAUCUUGCGGAAGAGGGGUUGUGGGCAGAGUACUCGAGUGCAAAGUUUCUUUUUCUCGGCCAUUUUGCGGUAGUCGCGAGCAUGCUUGACUUGCAUAUUAUUUUGAGGGUGCAUGACGAUAAGACCCAGAGACUGCUAGAGCGCUAUCUGAAAGGCAAGGGCUUUGCGUAUACCCGACCUCGCGAAGAGAUGGGUGGUGCUUUGGAAAUUUCAAUGGUGAAAGAAUCUCUGAGCUUCGGUAUCCAUUCCACCGACAGCGUUAGGGACCUUUACAAACCCCCUGCUGCCAUCCUAGCAUUGACCCCAUCGGUCAAUCUCAGGAGCAUGUGCAUGCAACACAUUCGGACCACCUACACGCGGAAUGGGAGCUUGCUUCCCGUGAUUUGGUUGUUCGUUGCCAAUGCUAGCGAACACAUCGAGCAUUGUCUGCCUGACCUGCCACCACUUGACCGACUUCGUCUGCUCAUUCAGUAUACCGCUGAUCUUCAUGAUGCAGUGGGAGACCUUCAAGAUGACGCCCUCGGUGUACAUGAAGAUGUCGAUGAGAUUGUCGUUUUUCUGCGAGAUAGCUUUGCCAGCUGGCCACUGGCAAGCAUCGAGCCUUUGCAUGCUGUCUCGAUGGAAGAGUCAGAUGAACCAAUCUCGUCAUCUGAUGAACCUGCAGCACUGACUCAGAAACGCGGACUGGUGAGUUAA